CAAUCGCGACCGGGACGGUUGUGUACGCGCGAGCGCCGCCUCGUAUAUACCUUUCUCCUCGCAGCGGCCCAAGGCAGAGAGUCUCUUUCAAUUUGUUUUCUUUCCUCUGUUCUGCUCUUCUGGAGAACGCGAUGGUGAUCGACGCCGGAGGAGACAGGAAGGUGUCCGAGCAGUGUAGACUAGCGAUCGAUCAUCGCGCGCCUCGUCGCGAAUAGUGCGGAGACAUAGAGACACGCCGUUUUCUAUUUCCGCUCAGCGGAAGAAAGCGAAAAUCCGAGGCGAAUUUUUCGGCGCCCGCCCGGUGUACGGACGUUUAUUCGUUGCUACAUUAUACAUAUACUCUGAAGUGUGUGCGUGAACGACGGAGGCUGCUCUCACUGGAAAAAUUCGAGGGCAGUCCUUUGGCGGCUGCAAUUUGCCCGCGAAAAAGAAAGAGAGGAAGAAUAGCCGGCGCGAAUGUCGAUAUAAGUCGGGGACAAGAGGCGGAGGAGAGCGCAAGAGAGAGAAAGAAGAGCGAGGAAGAAGGAGGCGAAAGUGCGCCGGAAAAGGAGUGCAGGAGGACGAUUUAUUGAAGACCAGCCGCCGCCACUUCAGCCGAGAUGGAUACCGUUCUCGAGAAGAUGGGCAAGAUUAAUUUGAGGAUUCCCAGCUGUCCUGUCAAAGUCCACAGUCCACAGCCCCUAAAGGAGUUUGUGGGUCGCUGUCAGACGAUGCCAUCACGCGUGAAGAAAUCUUUCUGUGGAUGCCUCCAGGAUGACGAACCACCGGAGAUCACGUACUGCGUGGUGGAGCAGACGGGCAUGCUGUCUCUUCAUCCGGUGACGCCAACCCUGCCGAUGCCAGCUGAGGAGGAACUCAACAAGAUGUUCCUGGAGCUCGUCGACGAGCUCGACCUCACGCAGGCUAAUCGACAGGCUGUCCUUGCUCUGCCUGCAAACAAGAAGUGGCAGAUCUACUGCUCGAGAAAGGGUAACGGAACUCUGAACAAUGGUGGACUGGGCACCACAGAUCUCAGUGGGGAUCCAGAGGACUACAUCAACAGAGUCAAGUCCAUCACGAGUAAUCCAAAUCCAGAAGAGGCCGAGGAAGUUGCGAAUCAGAUGCGGCACGUCGAAGCCCUUAAAACUGCCCUUCGAACUCAACCACAUAGUUUCGUCAUCAGGUUCAUCGAAUUAGACGGUUUGAACUCCCUUCUGCAAGUCCUCGAAACGAUGGACGUCGAAGCAGCCAACAGUAAUCUUCACACGAGCGUUAUCGGUUGUUUGAAGGCACUGAUGAAUAACUCUAACGGCAGAGCUCACGUGUUAGCUCAUCCAACGGCCAUCAACACGAUAUCGCAGUCACUGGCAACCGAGAACAUCAAGACGAAAAUCGCCGUGCUCGAAAUCCUCGGCGCCGUCUGUCUCGUACCUGGUGGACACCGCAAGGUUCUCGAAGCGAUGCUGCACUUCCAACAGUACUACUCGGAGCGUACGCGCUUCCAGUCGAUCAUCAAUGACCUCGACAAGAACUUUGGCAUUUACAAGGACAAUUUGUCUCUCAAAACUGCUAUCAUGUCCUUCAUCAAUGCUGUGUUAAAUUACGGACCUGGUCAGGUCACUCUGGAGUUCAGGUUGCACCUCAGGUACGAGCUGCUGAUGCUCGGUAUCCAGCCGAUCAUCGAGAAGCUCAGAAAAUACGAGAACGAAACUCUGGAUCGGCAUCUGGACUUUUUCGAGAUGGUGAGGAACGAGGACGAGAAGGAGCUCGCGAGGAAGUUCGAAAAGGAACACGUGGACACGAAGAGCGCCACUGCCAUGUUCGACCUGCUGAGGCGGAAACUCAGUCACACGGCAGCCUAUCCUCAUCUGCUCAGUUUGCUCGAACACUGUAUCCUACUGCCACUCGACUACGGCUCGUACCCACAGCAUUGGUUGCUGUUUGACCGCAUCGUACAGCAAAUAGUCUUACAAUCCGAGGGAAAUGAAGUCGGUACUACGAGGAACCCUGAUGUUGCCCCGAUCGAAAUCAAUGUCAAGGAAAUCGUUCAUCUAUUGGCCAAGGAAGAGGAACUCGUUGCUGCGCGGAAAAAGGCCGACGAACUCGAGAAGGAAAAUUCGGAUAUGUCCACGAGACUGGCAAAGAAGGAACAAGAGUUGGACCUGCGAACGCAAGAGAAAGAAGACAUGGAAGCAAGUCUCGCGCGAGUGAAGGAGCGACUGGAAAAGGAAACGUCGUUGCACAUUGAGACGAAGCAGAGGAUCUCGGAGCUGCAGGACAGCAUAGAGACGCUCUCGCGGCAGGUUAACAACGAGAAGUCGGAAAGAAAACGACUGGAGCAGCUGGUGGCCUCCGGCAGUUUGCCUGACGAUGCCAAGGCUACCAUCAAGAUCGUCGAGGACGAAGUACUCGAGAAGGUCGAGGCGAAACCCACACCGCCGCCUCCACCUCCACCGCCUCUAGCGCCACCGCCACCUCCGUGUCUCAUGCCUGCCGCGCCACCUCCGAUGAAGGUGGAAAUCAUAAAAAAUGUUCCUCAACCAAGCAACCCGCUCAAGUCCUUCAACUGGUCGAAAAUUCCCGAGCAGAAGGUGCAGGGCACAAUCUGGUCAGAGCUGGACGAGUCGAAGCUUUACAAUAUCAUGGAUCUGGAAUCCAUCGACAAGAUAUUCUGCGCUUAUCAGAAGAACGGAGUCUCCACCGAAGGCUCGAUCGAGGAUCUUAGGAAUCUCGGGAAGAACAAGAAAACCAUGUCAGUGAUCGACUCGAGAAGAGCACAGAACUGCACGAUUCUGCUGUCCAAAUUGAAGAUGUCUGACAACGAAAUCACCAGGACCAUCCUAUCCAUGGAUCAGCAGAACAUUCUGCACAUCGACAUGGUGGAGCAGUUACUCAAAUACAUUCCGUCGUCCGAAGAAGCCGCCUCAUUGGAUAUGCACCAAAAGGACCUUCAAAGCAGAGCCGACUGCUUCUUGCACCAAAUAUCCAAGGUUCCGCACUACGAGCAGAGACUGCGCUCACUGCACUACAAGAAGAAGUUCUCGGCGAGCAUAGCUGAGCUGACGCCGCGUAUGCGAGCGGUGCUCGAGGCUUCGCGUCAGGUCGCCCGCUCGCGCCGGCUGCGCAAGCUUCUCGAGCUCGUGCUUGCCCUCGGCAAUUACGUGAAUCGCGGCAACGCCAGGGGCAAUGCCUGCGGCUUCCGACUGGCCUCGCUCAAUCGGCUGGUGGACACCAAGUCGUCCUGCGCCAAAGGCACGACACUGCUGCACUACUUGGUACAGGUUCUCGAGUCCAGAUUCCGGGAGGUACUGGAUAUCGAGGAGGACAUGCCACAUGUGCGAACCGCCGCGAGAGUCAGCAUGGCUGACUUGCAGAAGGAGGUGGCGAACUUGAAGAACGGACUGCAGGACGUUCAGAGGGAAAUCGAAUUCCACCGAGGUCAAGCUCAAGUGCUUCAGGGAGAUAUGUUCCUGCCAGCAAUGCGAGACUUCCAAGCCCAAGCUACCUGCAGACUCGCCGAGGCAGAGGAUCUCUUCCAAGACAUGAAAACUCGAUUUGACAGGGCUGUGAGGCUUUUCGGUGAGGAUUCCGCUGGCGUGCAACCGGACGAGUUCUUCGGUAUCUUCGAGAAUUUCCUGCAGGCGCUAUCAGAAGCUAGACAAGACGUCGAGAACAUGAGAAGAAAAGUCGAGGAAGAAGAGCGCAGAGCUAAGCAGGAACAGGAACUGAAGAAGCGUACGAUGGAGAGGAAAAAUUCUCGAGAAGGUAUUCUAAACAGUAUCUCGCUGAACAAAAAGAACGAGGUGAACGGCACGAACGGACAUGCCGACAACAAGGGAGAGUUCGACGACCUGAUCUCGGCCCUUCGUACGGGCGACGUCUUCGGUGAGGACAUCGCCAAGUUCAAGAGAUCGAAGAGGCGACCGGUCACACCCAGCAGCACCGCAAAUCAGGAGUCGCGUCGACACAGCACCCAUCGCGAGGACUCGCGCGAGCGACACUAAGCAAUGCACUGCUUUGUAAACUUACGCAGAAAUUGUCAAAGUAACGUGAACAACGGCUGCAUUAUCAAAGUGUUGAUCUCCCUUUUGCUAACGACACAAACUUGAUUGAUAGUAAAACGAUGCAUAAAUUUGGAAACGAAAAUAACGACGUUGCAGCAGAAGGGAUUUCAAUUUUUAUCGAUCUGUUAGUGAAGCAGUACUUUCACGUCCACAUUUAGAAAAUAAGGUAUUAUACAUAGAGAAUGCAAUGUAAAAUUGCGUUGAGCGCUUUAAGGGAUGUGAAAUGCCGAUGCACAUCAUGUUAUACUUAUUUUAUAUUUGUACGAGUAUACACGAUGAAUUCGAAUGGAAUUUAUUUUAUAAAAAUUGGAAUCAAUUUUAAUUAUACUUAUUCGUAACACGAGAACUCGGAUGAUCACUCAAAUUCUUUUCGAAUCUAAAUUUUGUAUAGUUGAAAUGCAUAGAGUCAACAUUAAAAAUCUUUUACAUAUAACGUGUCGGUUAAUAUUAAAGACUUUCACAUCCCCUCGAUGAUAUAAUAAAGACUGGACGACGCUUUUUUCGAGUGCCAAGGCUUUGAGGGUUCGAACAGCAUGACUUACUGAUUACAGACGUAUCGAAGACAAAGGUGCAAGGAACUUCAUUUAGCUUGUAGAUAGAUUUAUAUAAUAUAUUUCAUCAUUUAAAUUACUAUGCGAAUUUUUCAAUUUAAGUUCAAUUUCUCAAGUAUUCGCAAAAAUUCAAUACAAACGGGCAUGGAAUAGAUUCAUACCAGAAAAUGACACUUUUUGUAAAUAUACAUGUCAAGUUUUAUUAAUAGUGUUUCUAUUAUGCGAAUAAUUAUAUACUGUCUUAUAGUUUACGGUUAUUUGAACGUUAAAAAGCUAUAAAACGUUAUUAUAUGAGAAAAUUGAUGAUAUCUACAAUAAAAUCGCAUACACAACAAAGAAUUUACAGAAAUUCGAAGAAUCAUCUUACUCUCUGUUUUAAAUUACUUUUGUAAGCUCAACGAUCGACAGUUCAUCUGUACGUGAUAUAUUUAAUUGUACAUAUAGUUAUUACGCUAUUAUGUACAAUACGCAUGCACUGAUAAUGCAUGUUAUCAUGUUCAAAAACAGAAUUGUUUUUCAUUUGAAUCGCAGCUGUUUUAAUGUUAUUUGCAUUCUUUUAUUUUUCAUUAAUACGAAAAUCAUCUAAUAAAAUAAGUCAUGCGAUUAUGUUCUGUAUAUUCAUUUGUAAGAUAUAGUUCAUGUACCUUCAUAACAAAAUUUCAAGAUACAAUGUAAAAAACAAUCAACGACCUUUUCAUACAAUACAUUGGUACAAUGUAGUUUAUAGACAUUUUGAUAUUUCACAGGAGCAACCGAUUUUUACACCAAUUUUUGUAUAAAUUUCCUAAGGCAAAUCUUGAUAGUACCGUUUUUUAAUAAGGAAGACAUUGGUGUAAUAUUAAAACAUUAUGAUCGUGAUUGAGACUAAAAAUACGUUGAAAAUUCUCUAUGAUCUUAUGUAACAUUAUUAAUUGACAUGAUCAAAUAUCUUCGUCUUUGUUUACCAAAACGUAUCUAGUUUGACAGAUAGUAUAUAAUAUAAAAUGACCUUUUUUGAAUUGUUAAACGUUUUAUUUUAAUUAGUUGGACAACGUUGAAAUAUAUAUAUAUAUAUAUAUAUAUAUAUAUAUAUAUAUAUAUAUAUAUAUUAGAAAAUUAACUAUUUUUCAAAAUUCAAAACAGAGUACAUUAAAAUCGUAAAGAUAUUGGCAGAACUUAGAAAAAACAAACCAGACCAAGCAGACCUGCACGCUCAAAACUCUGCUAAAAUCAAAAGAAUAGAUCUCUAUACUGCGCUGCAACCGUAGACGGAAUGAUGCAGAUUAAAUGAAUGAUUAAUUGAAUGUAUACGUAUAGUAUAUUAUAUAAAUAAGAUACAGAUUUAAUAAAAAAAAAACAAUACGCCUCGUUUAUUCCGUUCCUUUCAGCUAGAAAAAGUAUAUCAAAAGGCCUAUACGUGUAGUGAUAUGAAAUGAUGGUGUUGUACUGCCCCAGUAGAAAAAGAAAAACCAUAAUUCUGAUUUUGUAUUAUUUUAUAAUACGAAUAGACGAUAUAUCUAGACCUGAAAGAGGAAUAGCUCUAAAAUAAAAAAGUUAGAUACGUAAAUCGUCAUUUGUAGUGACUUGGAUGUUUAGAUGGGAAAAAAUAAGUCCUAUACAAUAUGUCUCCACAGUACGUAGGAGUCGAUGUUUUAUAUAAGCUUUUUGUACUUUUGUAAAUAUACAGUUAUAAACAUAUAUAACUUUAGUUCUCACAAGGAAUUAUAGAUAUAAAGUAAUUAAAUGUCCUAUUAGUAUAUUGAUAUGCCACUAAUAAUUAUAUAUGUAUUAUUAAAAAUAUUGAAAAAGAAAUAUAUAUGUGUAAACUAAUUA